AAACUCCACACACAUUACCAUUUUUCACAUCCUCUCAAAAUCAGAAAAGUAAAACGCACCACCGCCGCCACUCUUCGCCGGAAAAUGCUUUCCUUUUCUCCGGCGACACCCAAAACCACUACCAUAUCCACCCGUCUCCACCGGGAUCACCACACACUCUCCCACCACUCACAACCACCAUCUCACCUCCGGCCCACCAAACCCCAUCUCCGGCAGCGCCGCCACACACUCAAAAUCUCUGCCAUAGACGCUGCCCAACCUUUCGAUUACGAAUCAAAAAUCUCAACCCAGUUCGCCAAAUCAAAAACUCUCAAAAUUGCCAUUGUGGGGUUUGGAAAUUUCGGCCAGUUUUUAGCUAAAACCCUCGUCCGGCAAGGCCACGACGUCCUCGCCCAUUCGCGUACCGAUUACUCGAAUAUCGCAGCCGAAAUCGGGGUAUCGUUUUAUCCGAAUGCUGAUGAUCUUUGUGAGGAACACCCAGAGGUAAUUCUGUUAUGCACUUCAAUUUUAUCAACUGAUAAAGUACUUAGAUCAUUACCAUUACAAAGAUUAAAAAGAAGUACAUUAUUUGUUGAUGUGUUAUCUGUUAAAGAAUUUGCUAAAGAUUUGUUUUUACAAAUAUUGCCCUUAGAUUUCGAUAUAUUGUGUACUCAUCCUAUGUUUGGACCCGAAAGUGGUAAGAAUAGUUGGAAAGAUUUGCCCUUUGUGUACGAUAAAGUUAGGAUAGGUAACGACGAGUCGAGGGUUUCAAGGUGUGAGAAGUUUCUUGAUGCGUUUGCGCGAGAAGGGUGUGUGAUGAAAGAAAUGACGUGUGCAGAGCAUGAUCAGCACGCGGCGGAGAGUCAGUUUAUAACGCAUACGGUUGGGAGGAUAUUGGAGAAGUUGGAUUUGGAUAGUACGCCGAUUAAUACUAAAGGGUAUGAGAGGUUGUUGGAUUUGGUUGAGAAUACGUCGAGUGAUAGUUUUGAGUUGUAUUAUGGGUUGUUUAUGUAUAAUAAGAAUGCGAUGGAGCAGUUAGAAAGACUUGAUUUGGCGUUUGAGUCGUUGAAGAAGGAGUUGUUUGGUCAUUUGCAUGAUGUUUUGAGGAAGCAGUUGUUUGGGACGAAAGAACGGGCCUUGGGAGUUAUGCAGAAACCACGGGCUUUGUCGAAGCUGCCUCCUAAUGGGAAUGGACUUGUAUUGCCACCAGGAUCAGAUUCUACUACAAAUUAGGGCUGCACUCUAGUUUCUUAUUCAUGCUACAGAGCAGUUGUUAUGUUGUGCAAUGUGUUGUAUGGCUAAUGAGACAAAUGGGGAGGGUGAGUUCUCAAUUCGAAGUCAUAUUCCCUCAAUUGUAGAAGCUGCUAUCUGCAGUUUUAGUUCUUGGGUUCAUGUUGCGAGAAGAUGAGUAGGAAGACAUAAUUGUAGUAGGCAAUUUAAGUUAUUCUAUUUAUUUCUUUUUUUUUGAACAUUAUUCUAUUUAUUUCAUUUAUGUGUUUAUUCAAGAACCUGGGAUAUUAAUAAUGACUAAUGAGUUUAGUUGGGCUAA